AUGGCCCAGGUUCUUCUCGAUUUAUUCUACAGCUUGGGUAACUGCCUCAAUUGCUUCCCUGGCUCGCCGACGUUGAAGAUCAACAGCCGGAGCUUCAAGAUCCUGCGGUUACUAGGCGAGGGCGGCUUCUCCUACGUCUACCUCGUGCAGGACACCAGCACGUCGGAGCUGUUUGCGCUCAAGAAGAUCCGAUGCCCGUUCGGCGCCGAGUCGGUGGCGCAGGCCAUGAAGGAGGUCGACGCCUACAAGCUGUUCGGGCGCACGCCCGGCAUCAUCCACAGCGUCGACUACAGCAUCGCCAGCGAGCGCAACGACCCCUCGAGCAAGACCGUCUACGUGCUGCUGCCGUACUACCGCCGCGGCAACCUGCAGGACCUGAUCAACGCCAACCUCGUCAACCACACCCGCUUCCCCGAGAAGCACCUCAUGCAGCUGUUCCUCGGCGUGUGCAAGGGCCUGCGGAACAUGCACCAGUACAGGGGAGGCGGCGCGGCCGGGGGAGGGGAGAGGAUGGAGAUGCGGGUCAACGGCGUCGAUGAGAAUGUCGCAAUUACGAAGGGCAGCGGGAAGAGGGCGGUUCAGGCGGCCGCUACAGAUGAAGAGGACGAGACGGAGCAGCAGCGGCCAUUGAUGAGUGAAGAGGAGGGUGUACCAGAGGGCCAAGUCCGGAGCUAUGCCCACCGGGAUAUCAAGCCCGGAAACAUCAUGAUAGACGACAACGGCAGCACACCUAUCCUCAUGGACCUCGGCAGCAUCGCCUCGUCGCCGUUGCCCAUCACGUCGCGGUCCCUGGCCAUCGCCACGCAGGACACGGCCGCCGAGCACAGCACGAUGCCGUACCGCGCGCCCGAGCUCUUCGACGUCAAGACCGGCGCCGUCAUCGACACCAAGGUCGACAUCUGGUCGCUCGGCUGCACCCUGUACGCCUGCCUCGUCGGCAAGUCGCCGUUCGAGAUGCGCAGCGACGAGACCGGCGGCUCCCUCAGCAUCUGCGUGCUCGGCGGCGACUGGCGCUUCCCGGACGAGGGCCCCGGCGCCAAGAAGGGCAAGGCGAAGCGGACGGGCACGGGGCUGAGCGAGUCCGCCGCGGCGGCGGCGGCGGCGAGCCCCGGCGCGGACGACACGAGCAUCAGCGAGCCCAUCCGGGAGGUCGUGCGGAGGUGUCUCAAGGUCGAGCCCAGCGAGCGGCCGGAUAUUGACGAGCUGAUUGACAUUGUCGAGAAGGUGUUGGAUGAGCUGCCCGAUGAUUCCCCUUGA